AUACCGCCGCUACCAUUGCGCAAGCACAAGUAAUGGCGAUCAACGUGUACAGAAUGACUCCAGGAUUUGUGAGGUGUCUUACGUACUUUUCUGUCGUUACAUCGCUUUCUGUCGUCGAAAAACAAUUUUCAACAUAACCAAGUGGACAUUUCUGCAAUUAUGGCUAAGUAACGAGGCAUAGAGUUGCGUGGAACACUGGCACUCUAUGCCCCAUCGACUUGCGGUGUUCAAAUUUCGUAGUCGCCAGCUCAGUUGGCCGGUUAUUCAUGUACUGUACUUAGUCGUGCGUGCGGAGGAAGCACUACAUCAUUGCAAUACUGCUUGCCGAUCUUGACGAAACCUUUGGACAUCGAUCAAAGCAAAAAGGCAUCUUUGCAGUAUCGUGUACUGGUCACUACAACAGCUGACCACCUGCACCGGCCACCAUAAUGUCUAAGGCAACCAAGAGGAAGCAUGUCACUAGAGAAGUUCUAGAUGAAUACACUCUCCCUGAGGAUCAUCAGCAGAUUGUUAAGGUGACCGCAAGUAGGGGCAAUAAUCUACAUGAAGUACAGACAGCCACAGGGGAACAGUUCCUGGUCAGCAUGCCCACCAGGUUCCGCAAAAACGUCUGGAUCAAAAGAGGGGACUUUGUGAUUGUAGACCCUAUCCUAGAAGGGGACAAAGUCAAGGCAGAGAUCACGACCAUCCUCUAUCCCAAGCAGAUCAAGUACAUCCAGAAGGAGGGGCUCUGGCCAGACCAGUUCACAAGCAAGCCACUGCAUGGAGAGGGGGAGAUGGGACAGCCCCACAACAAUCAGGACGUGGAGGUGAUCACCAAAGACCUGGCGGGCAUCUCGUUAGGAGACCAAGCCGGUCGCUCAGACGAAGAGGAUAGUAGCGACAGCGAUAACGACGAGGACCUGUUUGUGAACACCAACCGCCCCACAGUGACUUAUUUUUACUCUGACAGCAGCGAGGAGGAGAACUCAGAGGAGGGGGACGUUGGGGAAGGGGCAGGUGAAGAAGAGAAGGAAGAGGGUGGAGAGAGAUAAGCCCCGGGAAGCCCCGGGCCAGAACAGCAUCGUGUGAGAUUGGUUGAGGGACUGUAGUCGAGAACACGUGUUCAUUUUGUUGAACUGGUAGCCAACUCUGACAUGCAGUAUACAUAGCAGCUACGUAGUGCCAAUGGCCUCCUUACAGAGGGCACUAAAAGGUGCAGUACCUCAUUACCCAAAGACACUAAAUGGGGUCAUCUGGAGGGUGAUGUUGGCAUAUCAGCUUGGCAUUCCUUUCAGGGUGUAGAUACCCACCACUGUUGAAGUACUUAUGCAGUAAAGAAUGGGCCCACUCACUGAGGGCAUAUAUCAAGGCACCCCACCCCAUACUAUACCCCCUGAUAAUUGGAGCCCAGUGUUGAGCCUCUGUUUUCUACUUUAUUCAAGACUGGUAGACUAAUAACCAGGCCUCUGAUAACUGGUCAAGUAGUGGUGUCUCAUCUCCUUAAUGAACCUCGGAUCAAUUUCAGCAUAUCCAGCAGUAAAGAUCCAAGUAGCUGUACAGCAUAGACACACACAAUACCACAUCAAGGACAUGUAGCAGUGUUGUAGUUGAGACUCCUUUAGACUAUCGCAAGACCAGGGUAAAACCUUCAGUUCGAAGUCAAGUCACCAGCUAGUAAGCCGAACUGCUGCCACAGCAUUCCAUCAUUAUUGUCCAUCCUUGCCUCUGGUCUUGUGACUGGUCUUGCUUUGUCUUAAAAAUAUCCUUGUUUCUGGUCUUGCGGCGGUCUCAACUACAACACUGGACUGCAGUAUGAGACUCCACCUGGCUUGAAUUCCAUGAGAUCAUCAUACGGCAUUGGCAAGUCAUUAUUAAUCUGCAUAUUUACAUGUACAUUAUCAUGUAGACUCAGUUGUAACUACUCAAUGGUACCAUUCUCAUUCAUGAGCCCUUUGGGCGCUGAGAAAAAGUGGCCAAUGCCAGCCAAUGAGCUGAAAGAAUACAGUUCAAUAAUGUGGAGUUAAGAGCCCGUCUCCACCAUGUUUGUUUACUUGACAAAAGCGAAAACAGGCACACAGCCAUCUUAAUGUUAUUAAACAAUGUUAGGAUUUGAUGAUUAGAUGAUCAAGAUUUGUGUUACUACCAUCUUCACUGUAAAAUACUUGUCUUGAUUCUUAAACAGUAAUUAUUAAAGGCACACGCUGUUCUAAAAUUUAAGGAA